CUCACCUACAUCCUACUCCUUACCUUUGAGUCUCACUUACGCAUAGUCUGUCCACGCUCUCCUUGUCCUAGCGAUUAUUUGUCAGUCGCCUCAAGAUGGCCGACGCAGUGUCCAUCGAGCAGCAUAACAAGGUCCGAGCUGCGCUCGGCCUCAAGCCGCUUCCUGUGCCCGGCGCUCAACAUGACGACGACUCGGGCUCGUCCGCGGACGAAGAAGAAGAACCAGGAAGCACCCUCGAGUUGCGGGAGGCGAUGGCGUCGGACAACUGGAAGCGACUGCAAGAUGAAGCCGACGCGAAACGCAAACGGGAGGAACGCAACGCCGCCAUCAAGCGGGCGCGGGACCUGGCACAACGGAACGCCAAACUCGAGGGCGCCACGCUCGGCGAGGCCGAGGCGGAAGACACCAAGACCUGGCUGAUGCAGACCAAGAAGCGCCAGAAGAAGAUCGAGAAGGAGCGGGCGCGUCGGCUGGCGGAAGAGCUCGAGGAGCGGGAACGGGCGGCGGAGUAUUCGGCGGCCGACCUCGCUGGGAUCAAGGUCGGACACGAGAUCGAAGAUUUCGGGGGCGGCGAGGAUCAUAUCUUGACGCUCAAGGACACAACGAUCGACGAGAACGAGGAGGAAGGCGAUGAGCUGGAGAACCUGGAUCUGAGGGAGAGGGAAAGGGCCACGGAGCGGUUGGAGCUGAAGAAGCGGAAGCCGGCGUACGAUCCUACGGCGGAGAACACCGGCAUCCUGGCACAGUACGAUGAGGAGAUUGAGGGCAAGAAGCGCAAGCGGUUCACGCUCGACUCGAAGGGAUCGACCGCUGAAGAGCGGGAGGCUAAGCGACAGGAGGUGUCCGAGAAACUCAACAAGAAUGUUAUCAGCCUGGACCUUGACAUGGAGACCCCGACGUCCGACUAUAUGGACAUCAGCGAGGUCAAGAUCAAGAAGCCGAAGAAGAAGAAAGCCAAGGCCACCAAACAGCGGGCUGUUUUGGACGACGAUGACCUUUUCCCGACACCCGAGUCGACAGCUACGCCGAAUGACAAUGCGAUGGACGUGGACUCUACUAAUGGACAACCGGUUCCAGCCUCUGUGCCACGGAAGUGGGAAGACCAAAACGUUUCGUUCGUCGAUGAUGACGACCUACAAGCCUCCCUGACUCGCCAACGGCGCGCCGCUUUCAAGAAGCGGCAAAAAGCCCGCCCAGAGGAUAUUGCUCGGCAACUACGGGAGGAGAGCUCACAAACACCGAUGGAAACCGGAACUCCCGAUGAAAAUGAGGAUGAACCCGGCCUUGUGAUUGAUGAGACCUCUGAAUUCGUCUCCAACCUACAGAAACCGACCCUUCCCGAACGCCAUGAAAGGCAGACGACCACUCCGGCUGAAGAGUCUCGUGCUAAAAGCGAGGGCCCUAGUAUCAAGGAAGAGGCUGAAGAGGAUGGCGAUGUGGACAUGUCUCGGACUUAUAAUGAUAUUGAGGAUGAGGAAGAUCUCAAGGAGCGCAUCAAGCGCGAAGAGUCCCUGGCCCAGCAGCAGAUCAGCACCACCGGGUUGGACGAGGAAGCAACCUUGGAUCAGGGCUUGGGUGCUACACUCAAUAUGCUCAAGCAACGUGGCUUGGUUAAAUCGUCCGACGCUGCGGACCACAACUCGCUUCUACGCGAUCGUUCCCGGUUCUUGCAGGAGAAGAUGCGCAUGGAGACGGAAGCCGAGAAACGAGCCCGCCAGCAGCGUGAACGCGAUCGAGCAUCGGGCAAGCUGGAUCGUAUGUCUGCACGCGAGCGAGAGGAGUAUGCUCGCUGGGAGAACAAGCAGCGUGACCAGCAGGAUGCUCGCCAUAUGGCGGAGGUGUUCAACCGCGAGUACAAGCCCGACGUUCAGCUCAAGUAUGUGGACGAGCAUGGCCGGGCGAUGAACCAGAAAGAAGCGUUCAAGCAUCUCAGUCAUCAGUUCCACGGUAAGGGCAGUGGUAAGAUGAAGACAGAGAAACGGCUGAAGAAGAUUGAGGAAGAGAAGAAGCGCGAAGCCAUGAGCGCCUUGGAUAGCAGUCAGCAUACGGGUAUGAACAAUGCCAUGGGGGCAACGGCUCGAAAGAACCGCCAGGCCGGUGUACGACUUGGCUAAAGCUACGAAAUGCUCUGAGGCUGCUGCUUCUGCUGUAGCUCUAUCCAGUCCUUCGGCUGGAGCUAAUAUGAUGAUCAUCGUGGUUGAACACGCAGCCACUCGUUAUGCUAGAUGUACAGAUCCUUUUAUACCAUUAUAAAUAGCAUAGUUUGGCUCGUUCUGGGCUAUGGGG